AUGAUCAAUGAUCAUCAGGGAAUCAAGAAGAGGCCGGUUGACUAUGCGGUCCCCUCGAGGUCUGCGCAUCAGUCCGAUGGUGCGGCAAAUGGACAUGCGACCUCUGAGAAGAAAGGGCAGACGGGAAGCUCGGAGGUGAUGAAGGCUGUGGCUCAUGCUACGUUUCCCAAUUGGGCGAAUAUGGUCUUGAUGGCCUCGCUGAUUUUCGGUGGAUGUUGUACGAAUGUUUUUGCACUUGAGGCGAUUAUCAAACAAUUACCUACGGCUGGUCCCUUGAUCACCUUUGCGCAAUUCACACUAUGCGCCCUGUUCACAUUGCCGCACUUUCUUUCCUUGUCUGCCGGGCCUCGGAAUCUAUUCAUGAGUCCUCGUGUGAUUCCGCUUCGAUCAUGGGUGGUAUACACGGCCUACUUUGUGUCGGUGAAUAUGUUGAACAACUGGGCCUUUGCUUAUAAGAUCUCUGUGCCGCUGCACAUUAUCCUCCGCUCUGGAGGACCUGUGGCGUCUAUGAUUGUUGGAUAUAUCUAUAACGGGAGACGGUAUUCUCGCGGCCAAGUCGUGGCCGUGGCCCUAUUGACUGCCGGUGUUGCGGCUGCCGCGUUGGCUGAUGCCCAAGCCAAGGGCCAGUCCAUCGAUCUUCCCUCAACAACCGCUGACGCUGGCGGCCGUGAAGUCGAUGAAGUCUCGCUGAUGACCACCGCGACUGGCUUCACGAUCCUCGCACUGGCUAUGGUCCUUUCUGCGUUUCAGGGAAUCUACGCCGACAGAUUGUACGGGAAAUAUGGACGCGAUCACUGGAAAGAAGCGCUGUUCUACUCGCAUGCUCUUUCACUGCCACUCUUUGCGACUAGUUAUCCGCAACUACUGUCACAGUGGCGCAUCGUGGCUUCAUCACCUUCUCUGCUCUCCAUCGUUUCCUCUUGGAACGUCACCGAUACUUCGUCGACUGUGGUCAGUCAGAGCAUCGUUUCGAUCGUCGCGACUGCUCAGCAACACAAGCUUCUGGCGUCUUUUCUUGACAAGGUCCCCGUUCAGGUUGCUUAUCUGACGAUGAAUGCCCUGACGCAGUACGUUUGCAUACGAGGUGUGCAUCUGCUGUCUGCCAAGUCGUCGUCGCUGACGGUGACGGUGGUUCUCAAUAUUCGGAAACUCGUCUCAUUGCUAUUGUCGAUUUAUCUAUUUGGUAACGAUUUGGCCUCGGGCGUGCUUGUCGGGGCGGUCUUGGUCACUGUCGGUGGUGGAUUGUAUGGAUUUGAGGGGACCAGGUUGAGGAGAAAUCCGACGAAGAAAGAUCAAUGA